GGGAAACAGAAAACCUACAAAGCUGCUGCACAGAACUUAACCGCUACGAACUCCGAUAUCCAUUUUCAUUUCCUUUUCCAUUUUCCACUCUCAAGUUACAACUCACUGAUUCACAAUGGUUGGCCCACAAUACGAUUUACUCGCGAACCCACUCGGCGUCGUCAGAUCCACCUUCGACACUGCCAUAGCCUCCGGUUCCGAUCCCACCACUCUAAACGGCCGCGACUGGGGCGCCAUCAAUCUCUUCCGCCACUUUCUCUCCGACCAAUCACAACUCUCUCAGGUUCCGCUUCUCACCCCAGCUACAAUCAAAUACGUCAAGCCCAAUACUCUUGUUCGAUUCCGUGGGAUGAUUCAGGACAUGCUGGGAAACGAAUUUUAUGUUGGCACUUUUAAGGAUGGUUCCGUGUGGAGGACUAACAAGUUUUCAGAUAUUUCUCAAUAUCCUAUUCCAUCUGGUUCCUCUGUUGAUAACCAGAUCUGGGAACGUCGAUUGCUUUACUGUGUUCCGAUUCCGGGAUUGAGUCCGUGGGCAGAAUCUACACCAGAAACAGAUGCUAAUCUAUCUAUGGAUUGUACAUCUGAUCAAAGAGAAAAAAGGAGGAGAGGAGAUGAUGAGUCAUCCGACAUGCAUGUUGAGAAUGACGAGGUUGUUGAGGGCUCUCCUAAUACUAAAAGAAUGAGAGAAGGCGAAGGCGAACGCUCUUCCCUUGCCUCUCAAUCUCAGGGUGCUGUACCUGACAUUGCUGGCUCAUGUACGAGUUUAAUGUCUGGUCUCAAUGGCAACUCAACUAGUUGUAUUGUGAAAAUAUAUGAUACGCCAGAGUCUGAACUGAGACUGAAUGACAUUUUUGAGUUUGUGGGUAUCCUUACAUCUGAUCUAGAGAUUCAGGACGACUGUGAAGAUAGGGAUUUAUUGAAUGACUUUAGUGAAGAUCCAUUGCAUAAUUUCCCACCUAACAAGGUACCACGGCUUCAUUGUCUUAUUCACAGGAAACUUUCGAUUCUGGACUUCCUUCAGCAUACACCUAUUAUAGAGCCAAAACCUGACUUGGUCAAAGGUAUCAGGGAGUCUUUGCUAAAACAUCUAUCAGCUGUUCUAGGCAAUGAUGAUGUAGCUGCUCAUUUCAUGUUGUUACAUCUCCUAUCCAAGGUGCAAGCCAGGGUAGAUGCUCUUGCUGUUGGAAAGUUUUCAGUAAAUUUUACUUGUUUUAGCAAAGAAAUUGCGUCUAUAUUUGGAAAGCAACUAAACCUUGCCAUCAAAAACCUCGUGCCUUUCACACAUUGCAUACCCCUUACAGUGGAAUACUUGAACACUGCAUCUCUUGCUCCUAAAAAGAAUUAUGAUAAAAAUAGACUAGAAACUGGAGUCUUGCAACUAGCUGAAGGUUCUCAUUUAAUUGUUGAUGAGACACAAUUAGAAGCCGGAACUCUCAAUUCUGUAGGUGUAGAGAAUGCCAGUUUGCUGAAAAAUUUAAUGGAGAUGCAAAAGGUGGAUUAUGAUUUCAAGUACUAUAAAAUGGAAAUGGCAACUGAUGUCCAACUGCUAGUUUUGUCUGAGGGGAAAUCAAAUAUCUUGCCAGCUGAUGUAAUUGUACCUAUCCGGCCUUCUGCAACCAAUUGCUCAGAAGCUGUGUCAGCAGAAACUUGGGAAGCUUGGAGGUGGUAUUUAGGCACUGUUAGACAAUUGCCACACUGUAUGGAAUCAGGAAUGGAGAAGAUGGUAGAAAGUGAUUUAGUUGACGCAAUACAAGCAGAUAGGAGCUUGAGUAUCCAAGAUUUUAGCAGGUGGUUAACAAUGGGCCGCCUCAUGUCUUUGAGCUAUGGUGAGACCAGCAUGUCACUAGAACAUUGGCAAAUGGCCAAGGAAUUGGAGAGACUCCGCAGAGAGAGGUUAAAGUGAAAUGGCCAAGGAAUACAAGGUUACCAUUGACGCCUUAAUUUCUUUUGUAAAUUCAUGGAAAUGAAUGCUAGUCCUAUUACGCAGCAAUAUGAAGUUAUGAAUGAGGGUUACUAAGAAUCAAAUAGUUGAUUCCAUAAGUUCUGCAUUUGGUGAAAGCAAUAUGAUGCCAUUUCACUUUGGAAAUGAAUAAUCAACAAGAGUCCAUCUAAUUAUUUUUAGCAAAUUUUAGUUCUCCAAAUAUUUCUCAGAAAGCCCCUAAUUUCUGUAAGACCUGUAUCUCUAAAGAUAUUUAAUAUUAAAAUAUUUUAUUAUUAUUUAGCAUAAAAUAUUUUAAUCUUAUCGUGUAUGAGGCUGUUUUUACUAUUUUAAAUAAUUCUUUGCUAUCUAA